GAAUAAUCAUCAUCAUCAUCAUCAUCAUCAUCAUCAUCAUCAUCAUCAAGACGAAUAAUAUCACUUUCGCAUCAAAAGUAACUUGAAACUGCUAAUUUUCAGUCAUUGCAAUUAAUCGUAGCCAUUGUUUUCAGCCACCAUCGUUAUUUCGAGCUAGCGUUUAACAAUUUAUGGACUUGACUAAGCAUCCUGCAUCGUGGGACUUGGUAUUGAAUUUGUAUCGGUUCGCGUGAAGGUCAUGAAACAUGAUUACGAGGGGACGUAUAAGACCGCUUGAAUUCUCUUCAGCAUGUCAUCAAAGACCAAGCCAUAUCUAUCAGCAGCUACGGUGUAGUCCUUACCGAUUCCUAAGCAACAGUUCUGACAGCUACAACUCCCGCGAUGCAACAGAUCCUGGAGCCGGUAUUGCGAGGAGAAUUCUGACACCCGCGGUCGAGCCUCGAUACCGCACACGAUGGACCUAUACGGAUAAGAAAGCUGUGACCAACAGCACUAAUAGGGACGAUUCUACUAACGUCAAAGUUUCUAUCAAGAAGAAGGACCUACAUAUCAUGGAACCUCUCAGAUCUGGUUUCGGUAUAUACGACAAGCCUGGCAUUGGGAGAGCAGCCAAUCUACCUGGGACUACGCAGCACGAAAAGUUCAAGCAUAACGAUACCAUUAAGUUUCGUUUACCCAAUCGAACCCUUCCCAUCUCUGUAAGAGUGACAGUGCCAAAAUCUCACGGCAAACUGCCCGUCAUGAUGCUCAUCCACGGCGAAGGCUCCACUAGCAAUCUGACCCGCCAAAACAGCUAUGCGCCCCUGGCCGAGUACUAUGCCUUGCAUGGCUUCGUCGUCAUUCAAUCCAGCAUCAAUGCCAACCUUAACAGCACGUCCUGGCGCAAAUGCAUUACAGACUGCACUCACAUCCUCGAUAGACUGUCUAACGUUGAGGCCCGAUCCGCCCCAAAAGGUGCUUCCUUUGAUUCGGAACGGGUCGUUGUGGUAGGCCAUUUGCUCGGCGUACAUACCGCCAGCGUCCUACUCGGCAUGAGCCUCGGAAACCCAGACACAGACUAUACCACUGUAUACACGAACAAGGACAAGCGCAUAAAAGCAGGUGUUCUUCUCUCUCCGCUUAGUGACGAUGAAUCCUUGCUUUCCACAACUGUCAGCGACACCAAGCCCUUCCUUAGGCACGUAGACUAUUCGACGCUGACCACACCCACGCUAUGGGUUAGCGGCACAGAGCAUGAGAUGCCAGAAAUAAGUGUCAGCGAGAAAGAGAAGUGGAAGGAUGGCUUCAAAUCGAGCCCGGGAUCGAAGGACCUGCUAGAACUAAAGGGCGCGGACUGCCGGCUCGGCGGGAUCUCUGGUGAGACUACAGUCGAAGCGAAGCUUAAAGAGAAUUUGGAGGUAGUGGCGACGGUUCAGCGCAUGACACUGGCGUUUUUGCGGAGUCAAAUAUACAAAAAAGACCGGAGCUGGUCCACGGCGAAGGAUGUGUUUCAAGGCAUUGAAGGCCUUGGAAAAGUGAUCAGUACGACGGAACUUGAUGAAGUCAAGGUUAAACAAGUUCGACCCAAAACCACCGGAGUUUGAGACUCUGUGGAGCAACCGAUGUCA